AACUAUUUAAGCCUGCAGGCUACAAAGAAGGAAAAAUAGAAACAGGAAAAUGUUCAGCCUCCGAAUCCACUCUGUGGACUCUCCACACCACCACCUCCGCCAAGACGACGCAGCCGCAGGAGCCGGAGAGCCCCAACAAGAAGGCGCGGCCGGCACCAGCAGCAGCUCCUCCUCAAUCUCAACGCUAACUCCGCCCAAAAACCCUAACCCUAACCCUAAUAACCCUAGAAUCCAGCUCCUCCGGGGCGUCGUCCACCUCUACCGCAGCCGCUCCUCCCCCUCCGCCGCCGCCUCCUCCUCCUCCUCCUCCAACCCCCACCCUUCUCCCGAUUCCCUGCUCCCUGCCGGGCGCGGCAGGCUCCUCUUCGUCCUCGCCGUCCCCAGCCGCCUCUCGCCGGAGGACUUCCUUCGCUUCUGUGGCUCCUAUGUCGAGCGCUCAUCGGAGAUCCGGGUCAUCAGGAAUGAUGCCCUGGAGGAUCGAUACAGUGUGCUGGUUGGGUUUGACGAUCAGAAGAAAGCUGAUGGUUUCUAUCUCGAUCUUAAUGGGUGGCGUUUCACCUCUGCAGAGGGAGAGGUUUGCCACAUUCUCUUUGUCGCUUCGGUGGAGUUAACUGAGUCCACAGAGAUUGCAGCUACUCCUCCUGCAGGAACCACAGAGUUGCCCACAUGUCCUGUUUGCAUUGAGAGAUUGGACCAAGACAUAAGUGGGAUUGUAGCAACUACUUGUGACCAUUCUUUUCAAUGCUCAUGCAUUUCGAAAUGGGUGAAUUCAUCUUGCUCGGUUUGUCAAUUUUGUCAGGAACAUUCUGAAAAACCUACAUGCUCAAUUUGUGGAACAUCUGAAAAUCUCUGGAUCUGUGUGAUCUGCGGUUUUGUUGGAUGUGGAAGAUAUAAAGAAGGUCAUGCUGUCAGACAUUGGAAAGAUACUCAGCAUUGUUAUUCUCUUGAUUUGGAAACACAACGGGUUUGGGACUAUGUUGGUGAUAGUUAUGUUCAUCGACUGAAUCAAUCAAAAAGUGAUGAUAAGCUGGUCAAGUUGAAGUCCCAAUGUAGAUCUGUUGGUGACAACUGUGUAAGCUGCACAUGUAGUGACGACUCUGGAAUUAGUGGAGCCUUAUUGGGCAGUAAAGUUGAAGCGAUUGUGGAUGAGUACAACCACCUACUUGCAAGUCAACUUGAAAACCAAAGACAGUAUUAUGAAACUCUACUUCAAGAGGCAAAAGAAAAGAGGGAGAAAUAUAUUUCUGAAGCUGUGGAAAAAACUGUGAAUUCGAAGCUGCAGGAUAUCCAACUUAAACUUGAAAAUGUUAUUAGGGAGAAGAAAGUUGUUGCUGAAACGAAUGAGAAUCUUAUGAAGAAUCAGAAUCUUUGGCGCGAAAAGGUCAAAGAAAUUGAGGAGAGGGAGAGAGCAACAUUAAAAUUGAAGGAUGAAAGGAUCCGUGAUCUAGUGGAAGAGAUCAGAGAUUUUACAGUCAGCAUUGAGGCCCAGAAGGCACUUGAUGACAUGGUUGGUGCGGAUGAUAUCCGAGGAGGGACAGUGUUGCCAGUUUCAUCACCCCAGCCUUCCUCAACACGGAACAAAAGAUCAUCAAAAUUGAAUCGGAGGCGAAAUUGAAGGUCCAAUAUUUGGUUAUGCGCCAGAAUUACAAGUCCCGUUGGAUAGAUCAAAGUUAUUAACGAUGCUCUGGCUACAGAAUGACCUGCUUACACGCUGGAAGAGCGAUGCAUGUUUGCAUCUCUCUGUAAUCUGACUCUCUGUAGCUCCUUUCUGGUUAAAUUUCUAUAAGUUUAAUGCUAGCAUGUAAUUGCAUUUUAGUUCUAUGAAAUUUACACCUGGAUAAUGAAAUAGCUUUGUUUUUUUUUCUUCUCA